ACCACCUACGUUUGGAGAACGGGAAGGAAGGUUGUCGUUGAAUUCUCCUCCUCCUCCGGCCUCUGCUCAUUUUAGCUCCUUCCUAACCCUCCCCGGCCAGCCGUGUUUUGUUAUAAGUAGGGAGACUAACAGGCUGCAGGAGCCGGCCAAAGCAGAGAACAGAAGGGAGAGAUAUCGCUCCCAAGCACAAAAAAGAAAGUUCUCCCCUCUAUCUCCUGCUGCGCGCGGCCAUGGUCUCUCCCCUGUCUUCCUGGCCAUGGGCUGCCCUAGGCUCCUACAAGUAUUUGCUGUACGGGCCGGUGGUGGCGAAGGCGGUGCAGGCAUGGAGGGAUGAAGAAAGCUCGUGGUCGUCGUUGAUGGAAUCUUGGUGCGUUCACUUGGUGCUGCUGCUGGCGCUCCGGUCUCUGACGUACCAGCUCUGGUUCUCCUACGGCAACAUGCUCUUCCUCACCCGCCGCCGCCGCGUCGUCCCCGACGGCGUCGACUUCCAACAGAUCGACGCCGAGUGGCACUGGGAUAACAUGGUGAUGAUGCAGACCCUGAUCGGGGCCAUGGUGAUGAACAGCAGCCCGUUCUCCUCCGCCGGCGGGCUGAUCCGGGCUUGGGACCCGCGGGGCUGGGCCGUGGCCCUGCUGCUUCACGUGGCCCUCUCAGAGCCCUUCUUCCGUUGGGCCCAUAUGGCCCUCCACCGGGACCCGCUCUUCAGCCGCUACCACUCCAAGCACCACUCCUCCCCAGUCACCCAGCCCCUCACAGCUGCGUACGGGACGCCAUUGGAGAGCCUGCUCCUGACGCUGGCGAUGGGGGUCCCGCUGGCAGGCGCGUUCCUGGCAGGGUCCGGGUCCCUGAGCCUGGUCUACGGCUACGUCUUCCUCUUCGACUACCUCCGGUGCAUGGGGUACAGCAACGUGGAGGUCAUCUCGCACAGGGCGUUCCAGGCGUUCCCACCCCUCAGAUACCUCAUCUACACCCCAACGUACCUGAGCCUGCACCACAAGGAGAAGGACUGCAACUACUGCCUGUUCAUGCCGCUCUACGACCUGCUCGGCGGCACCCUGCACCGAAGCUCCUUCACGCUCCAAAAAGAGAUCGACAGCGGCAAGAACGACCGGGUCCCGGACUUCGUCUUCCUGGCGCACGUGGUGGACGUGGUGUCCUCCAUGCACGUGCCGUUCGCGUUCCGGUCCUGCAGCUCGCUGCCGUGGUCGCCGCACCUCGUGCUGCUGCCGCUCUGGCCCAUCGCGCUCGGCAUCAUGCUGCUCCAGGUGCUCUGCUCCAAGACGUUCACCGUCAGCUUCUACUUCCUCCGGGGACGCCUUCACCAGACAUGGACGAUCCCGAGGUACAGCUUCCAGUAUUUCAUCCCGCCCAUGAAGAAGGGCAUCAACCGGCAGAUCGAGCUCGCCAUACUCCGGGCUGAUAAGAUGGGUGUCAAAGUGCUCAGCCUCGCCGCCCUCAACAAGAAUGAGGCGCUGAAUGGGGGUGGGACGUUGUUCGUGGCGAAGCACCCGGACUUAAAGGUGAGGGUGGUGCACGGCAACACGCUGACGGCGGCCGUGAUCCUGAACGAGAUCCCGAGCAAUGUCAAGGAGGUGUUCCUGACCGGCGCCACCUCCAAGCUCGGCCGGGCCAUCGCGCUCUACCUCUGCAGGAAGAAGAUCCGAGUCCUGAUGCUGACGCUGUCGUCGGAGCGGUUCCUGAAGAUCCAGCGGGAGGCCCCGGCGGAGUUCCAGCCGUUCCUCGUGCAGGUCACCAAGUACCAGGCCGCCAAGAACUGCAAGACGUGGCUGGUGGGGAAGUGGCUGUCGCCGCGGGAGCAGAGGUGGGCGGCGGCGGGGACGCACUUCCACCAGUUCGUGGUGCCGCCGGUGAUGGAGUUCAGGCGGGACUGCAGCUACGGGAAGCUGGCGGCGAUGCGGCUGCCCAAGGACGUCCAAGGGCUGGGCUCCUGCGAGUACACCAUGGAGCGCGGCGUCGUGCACGCGUGCCACGCCGGCGGCGUCGUGCACUGCCUGGAAGGAUGGGAGCACCACGAGGUCGGCGCCAUUGACGUCGACCGGAUCGACCAGGUCUGGCACGCCGCGCUCAAGCACGGCCUCUCGCCGCCCUGACUGGCUCAUUGGCACCGGCGGCUCGUUUGUUCGGUCGACUGUUAAGCUGGAUUGAUCAAGUGUGCGUCUUGAUUGAUGGCAAUGGACCAAUGGUAACGUGUCAUGUACUAAUAGUAACGUAGUAGUGCUAAUAGUAGUUGUACGGAUUAAUAGCGGGCAAAAAAUGAUAUAAAGAGAGUGUCCGCGUACAAACUA